ACUAUAGAGGUUGAAUACGCUUCUGAAGCCGUCAAAAGAGGUACCUGUGCUGUAGGUGUCAAAGGCAAGGAGUCUGUAGUCUUGGGCUGCGAAAAGAGAACCACAUUGAAGUUGCAAGAUCCUCGUAUCACUCCUUCUAAGAUCUGUAAGAUCGACAACCACGCAUUGUUAGCAUUUGCCGGAUUGAAUGCCGAUGCCCGUAUCUUGGUGGAUAAGGCUAGAGUCGAGGCACAGUCACAUAGAUUAACCCUAGAAGACGCUGUUUCCAUAGAAUAUUUGACCAAGUACGUUGCUGGGGUGCAGCAGAAAUAUACUCAGUCGGGAGGUGUAAGACCGUUUGGGAUUGCCACCAUCAUUGCUGGAUUCGACAGUAACGACACUGUGCCCAAGUUAUAUCAAACAGAACCUUCGGGAGUGUACAAUGCCUGGAAGGCUCAUGCCAUUGGUAGAUCUUCCAAGACUGUUAGAGAAUUUUUGGAGAAACAUUAUGAAGAAGACUUGUCUGACGAACAGACCGUUAAGUUGACUAUCAAGUCGUUGUUGGAAGUUGUUCAGACCGGAGCCAAGAAUAUCGAGGUGUCGGUGUUGAAGACAGGUAAUGUGAUCAAGACCUUGACUGUAGACGAAAUAAAGACGUAUGUCGACGAAAUCGAAGCUGAAAAGGCUGCUGAAGCCGAAAAGAAGAAGAAGCCCAGAGAUUAG